CCGCGCGAUCACGCAAGUACGUACAGAGAAUAUUUUCAUCUUCCGAUGGAAUUUUCAAUGAUGAAUAGAUAUUUUCUAUUUUUCUUCCGCUUGAUAUAGCUAAUACGGCGAUGAUUUUUCAGUCUGCAAACCGAUAAUCGUUAUCAAAUUAUGCAUACACAAAUACGAAAAUAACUUUAAGUUUUUCUACCUUGAAAUAUUUAUUCAGAGUCAGUGUUAAGCUUUUGAUUCAAAUAUGGCACCAGGAAAAUGAUUGACCUACCAGCAUUUUAAACGACACAUCUAUAUGCUGCACAUUUUUACGAAUAGCGAUAAACGUUGAUAUAGCUCGCAAUAUAAGGCUGAUUAUUUUUCUUUAACUGAACUGAUAAUCUAGCUCGAACUAUAUAUAGCAUCUGUUAGAGGCCAGGAAUCGUCAUUUGAACUGCAGUAGAAACCGUCAGUGGAGCCUCCAAAAUGAAGAACUUAUCCAUCGUAUUGAUUGCCUGCUUCGCAGUUUUCCAGUUGACUAGUGCUGACUCAAAUCACAUUAAGGAAUGCUUGACAGAACAUGGACUCCAAGAGACUGAUAUGAAUUUACUUAAAUCCCUCGGCAGCGUAAAAUUUGCGGAUACUACAAUAAAGGACGAAGACAGAGAAAAAUUAGACUGCGUUUUAGCAUGCAUUUUCCAAAAGGAAAGUCCUGGACAAAGCCUUCACGAAGUGAUCAAAGAUGUCCUGUCCGAAGAUACCUACAAGUCGGAAAAUCUGCGCAAAGAGAUGACGGAGACCCUGAACACUUGUGAAACUCAAGCCGGUGAUGAUGACUGUAAACUGCUUCAGUGUGUCCAAAUAACCAAGCUUCCAUUCUACGAUCUCCUGUAUACUUUUGUUGUCGCCAGGGACAUGCAAAAGUGUUUCGUCGACAACGGACUUAAUGCUUCUGACGCAGUAAACUUGGAACACUUAAACGAGCCAGGAUGGGUGGAGGAGAUUUUGAAAAAGGUGGACGAGGACAAACUGGCGUGUACAAUGUUCUGCCUUUAUUCCAAGCAAGAUAAAAUAACACACGAUAAAUCACUACAACAGAGAUUCGAAACUAGGAUCAAUGAGAGCGACAAGCUUAUAGCUGAUCAGAAGAAGGAAAUGCUCGAAACGCUGAACAGAUGCGGUAUCGAAGCGGCAGGAGACAACUGCAAAUUGGUGAAAUGCAUCAAAAUAUUAAGGGCACCGUUCUUCAAUCUGUAUCAUCAAUAAGCCCAAAACAUCUGAGUCCAAAAUAACCGUUCGCGUAGCGCAUAAGAAAGAUAGAAACCAAAACCAUUUAAAAAGUUGUUAAAAUUAUCUUUUAUUCCAAUAAAAUGAAUGUCAUCGAUCAACUUAUUUUAAAAAA